AUGGCCUCACAAGAUCAAGAAAGACGUACUCUACACCUUGUCGGCAUUGGUGUCGGUCAUUCCAUUGCUCCGCCCAUGCACAACCACAUCGCAAAAUCUCUGGGGCUUCCAUGGACCUUUUACGCUACAGAAUGUGGCACUCUCGAUAACCUGAUGGACCUCGCGAGGAAGGACACCACGUCCGGCCUCGUUGUCACAAUGCCAUAUAAGAACGCCAUCCUCCCUCGCCUAGACGUCUUGGAUGACUUGUCCACCACAAUUGGUGCUUGCAAUAAUGUCUAUCGCGAUUGGGAAGAUCCCAAGAAACUCCAUGGAACCAAUACCGACUGGCGCGGGAUCAAGGGAUGUUUACUGGAGAAGGGAGACCAGCCUGGUGUGCCGGUUCUAAACAAGCCAGCUCUGAUAGUCGGUGCAGGAGGAGCGAGCCGAGCUGCCGUCUACGCAUUAAACUCUUACUUCAAAUCGUCGGUCAUCUACGUACUGAACCGCGAUGCUCAAGAGGUGGAAGAUCUAGUGAAAGAUUCGCAGAAGCUUUCACCUAUCCCCAAGAUUGUCCACGUCAAAGAGGGGGAGGCACAGAAUCUUGAGACACCAUACUAUGUCGUUGGAACGGUCCCCGACCUGGAACCAAAGACGCCAGAAGAACUCGCUGUAAAGGCCUCUCUCCAGGAGUUUCUUUCGAGACCGGAAAAGGGUGUCUUACUAGAUAUGUGCUUCAAGCCUAGACGGACUAGAAUGAUCAAGCUUGCAGAGGGAAAAGGAUGGCCUACGGUUGAAGGAACACACGUCAUUGGGUAUCAGAUUGAAGAGCAGUGGAAGCUUUGGACUGGGCCCGAGAAGGUUAAGAAGCUCGACAAGGAGGGUGCAUGGAAGGUUCUCAUGGCUGGAGCAGAGAGCAGUGCUGGUAUUAAUUUCUGA